GUCAAAAGAGACAGUCCAAAACUAAACCAAAGUUAUUCACCACUGAGCAGCAGAACCCAUACAAAAAUAAAAAUCAAUUUUGAAGACUCAGCAGAGCAAAUUUUGUCAUCAACUAAUACAGAGGCUGCACACCGCAAAACUGUUCUGCAUCUUGAUGAUAAAAUCAUUGGCCAGCAUGGAGGGGACCUUCUUUUCCAUUUUUCAGACACAAUAAAGAAAGGAAAAAUAUUUGGAUUAGUUGUGCAAGAAACACAGGUGACGUUUACUGUGCUGGAAAUGAGUGUGGAACAAUACAAUGACAUUGUAGAAGGUAAUGUGAAGCACAGAAGUGGAGAUCGGCCAACGUUGAAGGUUUCAAAACCAUAUGACUAUUUGAAAACCCAGGAUAGAGAAUAUAUCAUAGAGGCGUUCAUCAAACUUGCCAUGUUACAGAGGAAAAUCCUUUAAAUCCUUGGGUAACAUCAGAUCUUCAGGAUAUAUUUUGAAGGUGCUGUGUUUAGAAGUAGUGUAUAUGCAAAUUAUGGUACAAAAUGUAAAUAAUGUAAUGCUGAUUAUGUACUUGUUUUGUUCAUUCCAUGUUUUUAAUUCUUUCAAAGUAUCAUGCUAUUAGUUAAGCAAGUAGUUUUGUGCAGGCAUGUAAUUUAUCCCCAAG